UUUUCAAAAUGGCAGCAACAUUGCAAAUAAGCGAGUUUGAUAGUGAAGACCAAAUAACUAAAGAAAUAGCAAAACAAGAAGAGACAACGUCGUUGAAAUACAUAAUAUUGCGCAAAGACAAACGUUUUGGGCGAAAGGAUGCACACCCUUUGGAAGGAAAGAAGAUCAGCUGGGAGGUAAAAAGUCACCCAUUCAAUGGAGUUCCAUUUCAGGUUGUGGGCACAAGCACAUAUGAAUGCCAUCAGGGGAAAGACCGACAAGUAAAAGCUAAAGAGAAACAUGCUGCUAAAAUGAACAAGAAGGCGCUUGAAGACCAUGCCUUAAAGAGACGGAAACAAAAUACAAAGAAGGUGGACUGCAAGGCUUUAAUAAACAUCGCCCACAUUAUCCGCUUUCCUGGUUUUAAGAUUGAGGAGAGUACUGUGCGCUCUAAAAAGGAGGCCUCAAAAGAUCUGAAGGCAGCUCUAAGUGAAAAACCAAGCUCUGUGAAGGCAGAGGUUGUCUACUGUGUCAGGUUCCCCUCUCUCUCUGAGCAUAGCUCACACGCACUUGUUGGUGAGAGGUCCUCUAAGAAGAACUUGAAGAUGUUGCAGAAGCAAUGUGCAGGCUAUCUAAAAGAAAUCACAGACCUCACCUAUCAUCUUCAAGAUGAACAGUAUAUGGCUGGCCUGUCUUCACAUCUGCAAAGCCUAUUGCAGGAAAUGAAAGGACUUGUCCCACAGGAUAAAGAUCUCACACUGACCCUUUCCCCAAGGAAGAGAAAGGCUGAGGAGGACAUGGCCACCCUACCAACCCAGGGAGCAUCGCAACCUUUCACCGACAGUGUAGGACAGCAUGCAGAUUUACAGAACACAUGCGAAGAACCAUGUUUGCCAAACUGAGUGUGGAGUGAGAUUGCUUGUAGGCAGGGAGCCUAGGGUGCCGGAGGAUGGCAGUGUGUGUGUGUAUAUAUGUGUUGAGUCUGUUUUUUUUGUUUUUUCCCAGAAUAUUUUAUUUUUGAGAGCUGGGUUUUGUGGUAACCCAAGCCUGCCAGCAUACUUGUACCAUUUUAAUAUUAAUUGUAAUAAAAUAAAAAUACAUUUGGGUGA